GUAUAAAAUUCAGAAGUGGGAUAACGUACUCGCCUUCCCUUAAGAAAAUUGUACGUAUAUUUAGGGAUAGCCGCGUCCCGCAUUCCUGAGCUCGCCGUUUACCGUUUUCACGAAAACAUCACGCGACGCUCAAGGUGACGCGUAUGUUUUUGUUCCUGUGAUAACGUGCUAGGUGACUUCGAUAUUGUCUAAGACUGUGUUCGAGGCAAGAACGGGAUUCCACAUCGGACGAAGAAAUCUAUGGUUGGAACGCGAGCCCAGCGGGAUCAGUGGCAAAUAAUGGAGCGAGAUCGGCUUACAGCCCUAUCUAUGGAUGAUCUGCGACAAGAGGCCCUACGUCAUCAACUGCCAGCAACAGCUGAUCGAGAGGUGUUGAUCGAAGCGAUCUCGGCACAUUUGUCCCUCGAUAGUCCGACGGACGAAAUGAUGCCUUCUGCAUCAGGUUCCCGCACUACCACCGGGAAGAUACGCAAAGGAAGUGGCAGUGCAGAUCGGCGAGGGUCGGUGCCAUCAGUGGUCGUGACACCUGCCGCGGGAACUGCGGCGCAAACUGGGGCAUUGGACCGCCUCACUGAGACCUUGGCUGUAUUUAUGCAGCAGCAACAACAAAUGAUGGAAGAGAUACGAUCGCUAACUAUAAGAGAUAACUUUAUCCCCAGGGGACCUUCCCCAGAGCAGGAGGAAGUGGAGCAGAUUCGUUCUCCAGCAGUCAGUACAUCAUCGCCGGCACAAGCGGUGACCUUGUUAGCACCGCAAAUUCCGGAGUUCGGCGGCACGGACGAGGAAAACGUCCAUAUUUGGUCACAAAGAGUCGACAGAGUGGCUCAAGUGCAUCAUGCGUCGGAAGACGUCGUGCUCCUCGCAGCCUCUAGUAAAUUGACGAAACUCGCAAAGCAGUGGUACGAGAUGCAAUCCGGCCACGUCUUAGAGUCGUGGUACGAACUAAAGCAAGCAAUGAUAAAGAUGUUUGAUCGUCGUGUCUCGUUUACGGCCGCGAUGCAAAAAAUUGAGGCUCGAAAAUGGAAUCCGGCUAAAGAAUCAUUUGACCAAUAUUCAAUUGACAAGCUAACAUUAAUUCAUCGUUUGGAUCUCCCUAGUACAGAUGCGAUCAACUUGAUAAUCGGUGGCAUUCCGCAACAUUCACUUCGUGCAACGGCUUUGGCGUUAACCACGCAGUCUGUAGAUAAAUUCUUGGAAGCAAUGAGGAGGAUCACCUACGGUAUGGGCGACAUGGAGAAAAAAAACCAUCAUCAGAGUAAAGCCAUUAAGAAGGACUACAAAGCAGCUGACGGGAAGACACAGGGCCACAAGGACAGGCCGACCAAGGGAGCAUGCAAUUAUUGCAAAAAGGAAGGUCAUUGGAAAUCGGACUGUCCACUGCUGAAGAAGAAAGAGCGGACAGUAGCAACGGCCUCAUCCUCCUCCCCGGCACCGGAAAAGACAUCAUCUUCCACGCAGCCGACGGCAGCGGCGGUCGAGGAUAACAACAGGGAUAAGUUUUACCUCUCUGGACCGUUAAUAAUAAUUGACAAAAUCAAUAAUAUAGAUUGUAAUUUGAGCGCGCUAAUGGACACAGGAAGUCCAGUCUCAUUUGUUAGUUUGAGUAAUUUUCAGAAAUUUUUCAAUUGUACGCAAACCGCGUUAGAACCAGUCGAUCGGAAAUUUAACGCUUUGCCGAAAAAUCCGAUUAACGUCCAGGGGAAAAUUAAUUCCGUGAUUAGCUUUAAAUCAUUCCCCGAUCGUACUUACGAAGUCUGUCUUCACGUAGUUGAUUCAGAUUUUUCUGAAAUGGAUUUAAUAAUCGGACGUGAUUUCCUAGAGAACUACAAUUUAACAUUAAUUUUCCGACCGACUAGGUCCGAUUCCACUGCAUUUACGCAACUCCUUUUACAAUCGGAUGUUUGUUAUACUGAAAUGAAUGCGGAAUCUUUGUUAGAUGAGUGUGAAAUAGAUUUCGGGCUAGCGGAAAAACAACAGCUCAAAGAAGUGGUCUUAGAUUGUUUAAAUACCGAGGUUAAGGUAAUCGACGAUGACUAUUACGUAUCGGUUAAUUUGAAAGACCAUUCAACGUACGCAUUCGCACCUAGAAAAUUUGCGCUAGAGGAGCGAAAACAGAUUCGGGCGAUUACCGAUGAUUUAUUGGAACGCGGCAUUAUCAGGAACAGCACGUCUCCGUACUGCGCAAGAAUUGUUCCCGUGCGGAAGAAAAAUGGCAACCUGCGACUAUGCGUAGAUUUACGCCCACUGAAUGCGCGCAUUCUUAAACAAAAAUAUCCUUUUCCUCUGAUCGAGGAUUGUCUGGCGCAAUUGAGCGAUCGAGCGGUUUUUACAUUGCUCGAUUUAAAAGACGGGUUUCACCAAAUCAAAGUCAACCCUCAGCAUACGAAGUACUUUUCGUUCGCGACGCCCGAUGGGCAAUUUGAAUAUGUACGAUUACCCUUCGGUUUUUCGGAAGCACCCGCUGAAUUCCAAAAACGCGUCGUCCAAGUUCUGCAACCGCUCAUACGACAAGAUAAAGUUCUAGUCUAUAUUGACGACAUUUUAAUAGCAAGUCGAUCGGUAAAGGAAAAUUUGGAAGUAUUACAAGAAGUCCUAUUAGUUUUAAAAAAUACGGUUUUGAGUUGA